CUAUCCCAAAACCCAGAACCGCCAUUGCUAAUUUGCUCAGUGGUUUAAGAAAUCCUCCUCCCCAAACGUAGGCGCCGGCCAGCGUGUUCUCUGGCCAUGGCGGCUACUAUAGUACCAACCCAUGGUUUCAGGCAACUAAGUAUCGGCGGCGGGCCAUUAUUACUCCGCAGAUUCCGUAAACAUCAACGAAACCUCUGUUCCCUCGUGGCAUCUCUGUCUUACCCACAGGAGCAGCGAGAGGGAAGCAGCAAGACGCUAGCUGAGUUGUCCAUCAAUGACGAUGAUAUAGCAAAGAGUAGUAGCUCUUCUUAUUUUCCUAAGAGAGGGGAGACUCUGGAGUUGGUGUGCGAGUCUCUGGCUUUCAAGGGCAUUGGAGUGUGCAAAGUUGAGGAGACCGGGUUUGUCGUAAUGUGUGAUCGUGCUCUCCCUGGCGAGAGAUUCAUUGGAAGGGUUACUCGCAAAAAGGGAAGCUACGCACAGGUUACGAAGGUGGAGACUAUAUCAUCUCAUUGGGAUAGUGUUGAAGCCCCUUGUGAGUAUGCUGCUUAUUGUGGAGGCUGUAAAACACAGAACCUGACAUACGAAGCUCAGCUUAGAGCUAAGGAGCAGCAAGUUCGCGAGCUCAUGAUACACGUUGGGAGGUUUUCUGAUGAAAUUUCAGGAUCUUCUAGCAUAAUGAAGUCCAUUGUUCCUUGUGAUAUUCAGUUUCAUUAUAGAAAUAAGAUGGAGUUCUCUUUUGGUGCAUGGAAAUGGCUACCAAAAGAGUUGUUAGGAGAGAAACAAGAAGGCAGCGACAACUAUGCCUUGGGGCUGCAUGCUCCUGGCUUUUUUGAUAAAGUUCUGCACGUUGAAAAGUGCUUGUUACAAAGCGAACCAGCAAAUUUGGUCCUGGCAGCCAUUCAAGAUUGCUGGAGAGAUCCACAGUUAGCUCUUAGUCCUUACGAUGUUCACUCUCAUAAAGGAUUUCUUAAGCAUCUUAUGCUCAGAACUGGAAGGACUGCAGGAACUGACUCUCUUGAGCUUAUGGUUAACUUUGUGACUUCUUCUUACAAGCCAGACCUGCUGAAGCCCCUGGUUGAAAAGAUUUCAGCUAUUCCAGAAGUGGUAAGCAUAAUGAAUAAUGUAAAUACAUCCGUUGGCAACACAUCUGUUGGUGAGAUGGAGUACACGCUACACGGGAGGUCUACCAUUACCGAGACAUUGAGAGGGCUAACCUUCCAAAUUUCUGCCAACUCUUUCUUCCAAACUAACACUUCACAGGCAGAGGUCCUAUAUAAACUGAUUGAAGAUUGUGCUGGGCUUAGAGGAGAUGGCUCCGAGAUUGUUCUCGACCUCUUCUGUGGAACAGGCACCAUCGGUCUCACAUUGGCAAGAAGAGCAAAACAUGUUUAUGGCUACGAAGUAGUUCCUCAAGCUGUAUCAGAUGCAAACCGAAAUGCGAAGCUGAAUAAGAUCAGCAACGCCACCUUUGUCCAAGGCGAUCUUAACAAGAUUAGUGAAAACUUCGGCUCUGACUUCCCAAAGCCUGACAUUGUCAUUUCAGAUCCAAAUCGGCCUGGUAUGCAUUUGAAGCUGAUCAAGUUUCUGCUCAAGUUGAAAGCCCCCCGCAUUGUCUAUGUAUCGUGUAACCCCUCCACCUGCGCUCGUGAUCUUGAUUAUCUGUGCCAUGGUGUGGAGGAGAAGAACAUAGAGGGAUGUUAUAGAUUGAGAAGCAUACAACCGGUGGACAUGUUUCCUCACACCCCUCAUAUUGAAUGUGUCUGUCUUCUGGAACUUGUAUAAGCUGUUACUACAACUUGUAUAAACCUGUAACGAAGGUUGUACUAGAGAAAAUCAGUAUGUUAUUUUUUUUUUUGCAUGCUCAAAUCCUGGUUUAAUCAUGAUUCAGUUGUUUAAUAGCACUAAAAAUCGCAUUUCAAUUUAGACUUCAACAGGAUGUUUUCCCUAUCGAACCGUCAUUACUAUUUUGAAUAUAUCGUAAUUCAUAUA